UGAUAAAUGAGAGAACGUUAUAAGCAUAUUUUUCUUAAAUAUUUAAAAGUUUAGCGAUUAUGUUUUAAAAUAUAUAAUGGUAAUUAAUGUUAAACGAAGUGUGAAGUUCUUUGUACAUAAUAUUCAAAGUGCGUAGUUCAUCGUUUGCUUCUAACUUCCUCUUACAAAAAUUACAUUUCUAUUAGUAUUUAAAACGUCACAUAAAUAUCAACUUUUUUAUUUGGUUAAUUAUUUGAUGUAUAUAUAAUAGAAGUCGAUAUGUUGAUUAAUAUGAAACGCAUCUAAUGUAUUUCUUCUCUUUUGAUUUUAAUUGGAGCAUGUACCAGACUUUAUGGAUUACAGUCAUAGCGUUUGUAUUUAUAAAUGCUAAAAAAUGCCACCAAAACAAAGAAAAAUAGCUAUUAUGGGUUAUAGAUCCGUAGGCAAGUCAUCACUGAGUAUACAAUUCGUCGAGGGACAGUUCGUGGAUUCAUAUGAUCCUACUAUAGAAAAUACGUUUACAAAAAGUACUCGAGUAAAUAGUCAAGAUUAUGAAGUUAAAUUGGUAGACACAGCAGGUCAAGAUGAAUAUAGUAUAUUUCCAACACAGUAUUCUAUGGACAUUCAUGGUUAUGUCUUAGUAUAUAGCAUAACCAGUGCUAAGAGUUUUGAAGUUGUACAAAUUAUUUAUGACAAGUUAUUGGAUAUAACAGGAAAAGUCCAUGUUCCAAUUGUAUUAGUAGGAAAUAAAACAGAUUUAUAUGUUGACCGAAUGAUAACAACAGAACAAGGUAAGCGAUUGGCAGACUCUUGGCAUGCAGCUUUUUUAGAAACAAGUGCAAAACAAAAUGAGUCUGUUGCAGAUAUUUUUCAUACACUAUUAAUUGAAAUUGAAAAAGCAGAUGGAAAUGUACAAGAAAAAUCAAAUUGCAUUAUUUCUUGAACUAUAUUGCUAAAACCAUACAUUAUAAUAUAAUGUAAAUGUAUAAAACCAAAUAACAAAAUUGGCAUUGUAUUAAUAUACGUCCAAAAACAAAUUAAAUGUAAAAAAUAUCAAAAAUAUAAAAUAGAACAUGUAAAACAA